UCAAUGAUAGAACAGCUGUUUCUGACCUCUCUCUAACCUAAAAAACCUGGUUAACCCUCGUUUUUGGACAUGGUUUCCAUGAAAAAUGUAUAAAAUACGAUAUUCUUACCUGUGUCGCUUGUGUCAUAUAAAAGUUAACAGUGCCGGAUUACUCAUAAAAAGAAAUAAUUCUAAUGAACGAUGGAUGAUCCACGAAUUAGAUCCAGCCUACGUUCCACACAAGGUAGAAACGGAUACCAGCACAGACAACUACUUCAGAACUGUAGUCAAGAACCCUGCACCUUUUAGUUUGGUACUGCCACCGCCCAACAUAACAGGAACGCUCCAUUUAGGUCAUGCGCUUACUGCGGCAGUGGAAGAUACCCUUGUAAAAUGGAAGCAAAUGCAAGGGAUCGAAACUGUAUGGGUUCCUGGGAUGGACCAUGCUGGUAUAGCGACUCAGGUUGUUGUAGAAAAGAAGUUAUGGAAGGAAGAAGGGAAAAGUAGGCAUGAUAUAGGAAGAGAAGAGUUCGAGAAGAAGGUGUGGAAGUGGAAAGCAGAAAAGGGAGAUGUAAUCGGAAAGCAACUCCGCCGUCUAGGCUGCUCGUUGGAUUGGAGACGAGAACUCUUCACAAUGGAUAAAGACCGGUCAAAAGCUGUGCAAACUGCCUUUAUUCGUCUAUUUGACGAAGGACUUAUUUAUAGAUCUGACCAUUUAGUGAACUGGUCCUGUGUCUUGCAGUCGGCGAUCUCCGAUAUAGAAGUGGAACAUUUGAGUCUGAAUGGACCGACUCACAUCGAAGUGCCAGGAUACAGCAACCCAGUCGAAUUUGGAUUACUGUUUCGAGUUGCCUAUAAGAUUCAUGGAUCAGACGAUGAAAUAGUCGUAGCAACUACCCGUCCAGAGACGAUACCAGGAGACGUAGCGAUAGCUGUUCAUCCCAAAGAUGAACGCUACAACAGGUGGAUAGGAAAAGCCGUUUGGCAUCCCUUCAGGAAUGAAGCGAUUCCAGUUAUUGCAGACGAAUUCGUCGAUCCGCAGUUUGGUACAGGUGCAGUGAAAAUAACACCAGCCCACGACCAGUCAGACUUCGAAGUCUCAAAACGUCAUCAGUUGCAGUCUUUGAAGGUUAUUGACGAGACGGGUUGUUUGACUUAUGGAGAAUUCCAAGGCAUCCCGAGGUUUCAAGCAAGGACGAUUAUAGUAGACCGACUGGCCGAGAUGGGGUUGAUGAGAGGAAAGGAAAGCCAUCCGAUGACUGUACCUAUAUGUAGCAGAUCUAAAGACGUUAUCGAAUUAUUAGUGAAGCCGCAAUGGUUCAUCAACUGUCGAGAUAUGGCUACGCUAGCAGUAUCAGCUGUUAAAGAAGGUGAACUGAAGAUACAUCCGAAAAGAUUCGAGAAAACCUGGUUCGCUUGGCUGGAAAAUAUCAGAGAUUGGUGCAUCUCUCGUCAAUUAUGGUGGGGCCAUCAAAUCCCUGCGUAUUCCUACCAUCUUCUCGACCAACCUUCCGACAAGAAAUGGGUUGCAGCCGAAGAUGAAGCCGCUGCGCUUGCAAAGGCUAUGGCCGUUUUGGGAGUUGCUGAGGAAGAAAUUGUCAUCCAAAGGGAUGAAGAUGUGCUCGACACCUGGUUUUCAUCUGCCUUGCAGCCGCUUUCAGCUUUUGGUUGGCCGAAAAAGGCCGCUCCUGACCGAUUCUACCCUUUAUCUCUGAUGGAGACCGGCCACGACAUCUUGUUCUUCUGGGUGGCGAGAAUGGUGAUGUUAGGAACUCACCUAACAGGUCAAUUACCGUUCAAAGAAAUCCUCCUACAUGGGAUCAUAUGCGACUCACAUGGAAGGAAGAUGUCUAAAAGCCUUGGAAACAUUAUUGCUCCCGAUGACGUCAUCGAUGGGAUAACCUCAAAGGUGAGCAGCUAUUUAGUUUCUGGAUACUGCAUUUUACGUUACCAUCGACUUUAG